UCCUCCACUUCUCAGUCACAAUGGCUUCCAAAAAAUCACUGAAAUCACGUCUCCAAGAUGGAGAAAAGCUGCUUGGUCACUUUCUUCUCUCUUUCUCACCGGAGCUCGCGGAGAUCGCUGCCCGAGCUGGAUUCGACUUCAUCAUCGUCGAUAUGGAGCAUGGCGCCGGUGGGAUUCGUGAAGCGCUUCACUGCAUUAGAGCAAUCGAAGCCGCUGGUUGCUCCACCGUCCUCCGUGUACCUGACAUUAGCCAGGCUUGGGCUAAGAAAGCGUUAGAUCUCGGACCCGACGGCAUUAUGUUCCCAAUGGUCGAAACCGGAAGAUCUGCCUCCGAAGCAGUCUCAUUUUGCCGGUAUCGUCCUGACGGUGUUCGCGGUUGUGCUUACUCCGUUGUGAGAGACUCCAGCUUUGGAUUUAACGAAGAGUAUUUAGGUAAUUACGCCGAUAAGCUCUUCAUCAUGUGUCAGAUAGAAUCAGAGGAAGGUGUGAAGAAUGUGAAGGAGAUCGUAGCCGUUGAUGGGAUGGAUUGUGUGAUGAUGGGACCGAGGGAUCUGAGUGCUAGUUUGGGGCUACUUCACGAUCCAGGAAACCCGAAGUUGAAGUCCGUCAUGAAGGUGGCUGAGACGGCGGUUUUAGCAUCUGAUCCGGCGAAUGGCGGAGCUUACUUGGCUGGGAUGGCCACGGCUCAGGACAAAACCGAUGAUCUCAAGGCACGUGGGUAUCACGUGGUGCUUGGGUCAACUGAUGUGUCUCUUUACAAGAAGGCUGUGGUUGAUGAGGUCAACGCUUUUAAAGCUUAGGUCGGAAUUGGAUUAGAGUCAGGAAUAAAACGGUGAUUAGAGUGCAGUGUACGUAAUGAAUUUAUGUAUCCCAUGGUUCAUGUCUGUCAGUACUUUGUUAGUUUUGAGUUUUGACUUUUGAGUAAGUCUUGUUAAGAAUCAAGAUAAGCAAAAUAAACUGAACAAUGAAUG